AUGUUUAAAUUACCACUCUUGUUAAGCGUUCUUCCGCUUGCCACAGUCUUUAGCUCUGCGGCAUCAGUCCAGGUCCGUGCAAAUCAUGACUGUGCUUCGAUACAGCCUCCUCAAGUUCCAGGAGCCGAAGUCCUGUCUGUGAUGGGCGUGGAACUCACGGUUGACGUCCCUCCAUUCCCACCUUCGCCGUCAAAACUGAAUACGACUGUUGACGUCUGCAGUGUUAACGUUACUCUUACACAUAUGGGAGUUAAUGACAAGGUCGUUGUCUCAGUAUGGCUGCCCCUGCCUGAUAAGUGGAACGGACGAUUCCAGGCAACAGGAGGAGGAGGUUGGGCUGCCGGAGAAUUUGCUCUGCUUAUGGGCCCAGCCGCCGUCGAAGGAUAUUCGUCUGCUUCAACCGAUGCCGGCGUGUCUGUUGACCCAGCGUCCGCUGAUACAUGGGCCUUAAAAGAAGAUGGAACUGUCAACUAUGACUUAUUAGAGAACUUUGCCAGUCGGUCAAUCCACGACAUGGCCAUUGUUGGAAAAGCCGUGACGGAGAGUUACUAUAAGAAGCCAGCCAACUAUUCCUACUUCUACGGUUGCUCUAAUGGUGGUCGACAGGGAAUGGUGGAAGCGCAGAAAUACCCGGAUGACUUUGAUGGUAUUCUUGCCGGUGCUCCGGCCAUCUACUGGCCUGAACUACUCGCUGCAACUGAAUGGCCACAAGUUGUUAUGCAGACCAAGAAGACUUUUCCCUCCCAAUGUGUUUUUGAGGCUUUCAGAAAAGCUGGCAUUGCUGCAUGUGACAAACUGGACGGCGUAAAGGACGGCGUUGUUUCGAACCUCGACGAUUGCGAGUUCAACCCAUUCGCCCUGGUCGGUAAGAAAAUAGACUGUGGAGGAGAGCCAACUACCAUCACCCUUGCUCAGGCCUGGGUUGCGAAGAAGAUUUUCGAUGGCCCUAAAACCACCUCUAAACGGACUUCUUGGGAUGUCCUACCCGUAGGAGCCUACUAUGAUGCACUUGCCAACAGCACUAUCGAGAACGGUGUGCCGAAGAUCUUUCCCUUUGUGAUUGCGUCCUCGUGGAUCAGAUCUUUCUUGAAAAAGGACGUGAACUUUGACCUUACCACCAUCACAUACGCCGACGUGCCCAAGCUUUUCAAACAGGGUGUUGAUGAGUUUGGUAAGAUCAUCGAGAUUGAUAGUGACCUCUCUGCGCUUAAAAAGAGCGGAACAAAGCUCCUUACCUGGCAUGGCCUUGCGGACCAAAUUAUCCACCCUCAUAUUUCUAUUAAAUACCGCCAAGAGGUUGAACGCCGAAUGGGAGAUGGUUCCAAAGUAGACGAGUACUACCGCCUAUUCUUAGCUCCAGGAGUCACUCACUGCGGCACUCUUGGACUUAAUGACGGAGCAGCUCCCAUUGAUACAUUGAAAGUCUUGGAGAGAUGGGUUGAGAAGGGCGAGGCGCCAGAGACGAUGCCAGCUGUUGCAACCGACGCAAACGGCGCUACCACUUUCACUCGAAACCUCUGCCGUUACCCCUUGGUCCCUCGGUACAAGGGAGGCGAUAAGAACUCAGCGGACAGCUUUGAAUGUGCCAAAGACUUUGGAUCGCACCACUAG